AAGUUAUUAGUAAAAUAUAUACAAAGUACAAAAAUUAAUAAAUAAUAAGCGAGUCAAGUUGUUGCCCAGCUUAAGCUUAAAUAACUACCCAUGGCCCGAGCUCGAGCUCGAGCUCAAGUAAACUCGAAUUAGUCGAGCUUGAGCGUAAAUUAGCUCACGCUAGGCUCGUUUACACUGGGAGUCAUAGAAGUUGUUCGAUUAUUAAUAUAUUCUUCUUAAUUUCAAGUCAUAUUCAUUACAUUAAGCCUUUUUUGUGUUGUAUACUCAAUUUAGGUGACUACGAGCAAGAAAGGUUUUUUUUCAGCACAAAAGAAGUCAAAUACCCGAAUGGGAACCGAUCAAAUCGGGCUACUUUAUCUGGGUAUUGGAAAGCAACCUGAUUAGAUAAAAAAAUUGUUACUUCAGAGAACAAUCAAGUUGUGGGCAUGAAGAAAACACUCGUAUUUUACAAAGGAAAACCCCCACACGGGUCACGAACCGAUUGGAUCAUGCAUGAGUACAGACUCGCAACCCCUCAACCCAAGAACCCGACUCAGGGUAUGGAAAAUUGGGUUAUUUGCAAAAUUUUCUUGAAGAAAAGAGGAAGUAAAGUUAGCAAGUACGAUGAAGAGACAAUUGGGAUAAUUAGCGAUUGUAAAUCUUUAAAAUCAAAGCUAGUUUUCUACGAUUUCAUGUCUGCGAGUAAGAAGAGAAGAACUGAUUUGAAUUUGACACCGGUUUCAUCAUCUUCGGGUUCGAGCGGGAUCACGGAUGAUGCCGGUUCUUGUGAUGAGCAUGAAGAGAAUAGCCAUAACCUGGAUGAUGUUAAGAAUUUAAGGAAACAAUCGUCAUAAAUUAAUAUUCUUUUUUUUAAAGAUUAUCCUAAGUCUAAUUUAAUUUAGUAAUGGGUUAUUAUUAUUUAUUUACCUUUAGUUUUCAAGAUUCCCAUGAAAAUAAUCCAAUUUUCAAAUGAGAUAAAAGAAUGAAAUGUUAUCAA